AUUAGACAUAGUAGGCCUGUAGUUUAGAGUUUUUUGGUACCAUAAAAUUAGUUUUCAAAUUUGUAAAAAUUUUGCAGGGUUUAAUUAAGGAGGACAUGUCAGGAUUGACACGACGAAUUAUCAAGGAGACGCAGCGUCUGCUGGAUGAUCCAGUUCCCGGGAUCGAUGCCACUCCGGAUGAACAUAAUGCCCGAUACUUUCGGGUUGUCGUGGCAGGUCCUCAGGACUCUCCCUUCGAGGGGGGGAUAUUCAAACUGGAGCUGUUUCUGCCAGAGGACUACCCCAUGAAGGCUCCGAAGGUUCGUUUCCUGACGAAGAUCUACCACCCGAAUAUCGAUAACUUGGGAAGAAUUUGCUUGGACGUGCUGAAGGAUAAAUGGAGUCCGGCGCUCCAGAUUCGCACCGUACUCCUUUCGAUCCAGGCAUUGCUAAGUGCUCCGAAUCCGGAUGAUCCGUUGGCCAACGAUGUGGCUGAAAUAUGGAAGGACAACGAGGCGCAGGCCAUUCGAAAUGCCCGAAAGUGGACAUUGAAAUAUGCUGUCGAAAAUUGAUUGAUACGAUGAACAAUAAUUAAAAGGGAUUUCUAUAAAAAAAAGUUGUUAGUCUUCGAAUGUUUUCGGAUACAUAAAUUGUA